UUUUGAAGAUAGGAGGGGGAAGAGAGCUGCAAGAGAGAGGAUACAAUUCAUUGCAAUUCAUAAAAACAAGGAGUACUGAGCUGGGAGUAUGGCUCACUCUAAGUCUCGAGCGGCCGAUGGGAAGAUCACCUACCCUCCGGGGGUCAAGGAGAUCUCCAGCAACAUCUCCAAGGAGGAGAUGGUCCGCCGACUCAAGAUGGUGGUGAAAACGUUCAUGGACAUGGAUCAGGACAGUGAGGAGGAGAAGGAGUUGUACCUGAACCUGGCUCUCCAUCUGGCGUCUGACUUUUUCCUGAAGCACCCUGACAAGGACGUUCGCCUCCUAGUGGCCUGCUGCUUGGCUGACAUUUUCAGAAUCUACGCCCCAGAGGCCCCCUACACAUCACCUGAUAAACUGAAGGAGUGGACGCGUUGUCUCGGUGUAGGAGGGGACGCGUUGUCUCGGUGCAGGAGGGGACGCGUUGUCUCGGUGCAGGAGGGGACGCGUUGUCUCGGUGCAGGAGGGGACGCGUUGUCUCGGUGCAGGAGGGGACGCGUUGUCUCGGUGCAGGAGGGGACGCGUUGUCUCGGUGCAGGAGGGGACGCGUUGUCUCGGUGCAGGAGGGGACGCGUUGUCUCGGUGCAGGAGGGGACGCGUUGUCUCGGUGCAGGAGGGGACGCGUUGUCUCGGUGCAGGAGGGGACGCGUUGUCUCGGUGCAGGAGGGGACGCGUUGUCUCGGUGCAGGAGGGGACGCGUUGUCUCGGUGCAGGAGGGGACGCGUUGUCUCGGUGCAGGAGGGGACGCGUUGUCUCGGUGCAGGAGGGGACGCGUUGUCUCGGUGCAGGAGGGGACGCGUUGUCUCGGUGCAGGAGGGGACGCGUUGUCUCGGUGCAGGAGGGGACGCGUUGUCUCGGUGCAGGAGGGGACGCGUUGUCUCGGUGCAGGAGGGGACGCGUUGUCUCGGUGCAGGAGGGGACGCGUUGUCUCGGUGCAGGAGGGGGCGCGUUGUCUCGGUGCAGGAGGGGGCGCGUUGUCUCGGUGCAGGAGGGGGCGCGUUGUCUCGGUGCAGGAGGGGGCGCGUUGUCUCGGUGCAGGAGGGGGCGCGUAGUCUCGGAGUGGACGCGUUGUCUCGGUGCGAGGAGGGGACGCGUUGUCUCGGUGCGAGGAGGGGACGCGUUGUCUCGGUGCGAGGAGCGGACGCGUUGUCUCGGUGCGAGGAGCGGACGCGUUGUCUCGGUGCGAGGAGCGGACGCGUUGUCUCGGUGCGAGGAGCGGACGCGUUGUCUCGGUGCGAGGAGCGGACGCGUUGUCUCGUAUCUGAUGCUGGUAGCAAGGCGGUGUUUGCCAAGGUUAUGGUGAUUACGAGGAACCUUCCAGACCCAGGCAAGGCCCAGGACUUUGUGAAGAAGCUAGCCCAGGUCUUGGAUGAUGAUGAGCGGAUUAGAAACCAACUAGAGACCCUGGUCUCACCGGCCUGCUCCUGCAAACAGGCCCAAGUCUGUGUGAGAGACAUCACUAAGAAGUUAGGCAGUCCUAAACAGCCCAGUAAUCCCUUCUUAGAGAUGGUCAAGUUCCUGCUGGAAAGAAUUGCUCCUGUACACAUCGACACAGAGUCUAUCAGUGCUCUGGUAAAGCAGGUGAACAAGUCGAUAGAUGGAACAGCUGAGGAUGAUGAAGAGGGAGUUCCUACUGAACAGGCCAUCAGGGCAGGACUGGAACUACUCAAGGUCCUGUCGUUUACCCACCCGGUGUCGUUCCACUCUGCGGAGACGUUUGAAUCCCUGCUGGGUUGUCUGAAGAUGGAUGAUGAGAAGGUGGCCGAGGCGGCGCUGCAGAUAUUUAAAAACACAGGCAGCAAGAUGGAGGAGAGCUUCCCUCACAUCAAGUCUGUUCUGCUGCCAGUACUUCAGACCAAAGCUAAGAGAGGACCCCCUCGCCAGGCCAAAUAUGCCAUCCACUGUAUCCAUGCCAUGUUCACACACAGAGACACACACUUCGCUCAGAUCUUUGAGCCGCUGCAAAAAGGCCUGGACCUUGAGGACCUGGAUCAGCUGAUAACUCCUCUCACCACUCUGGGUCACCUGGCUCUGCUGGCCCCAGAACAGUUUGCCGCUCCGCUCAAAUCACUGGUGGCCAACUUCAUAGUCAAGGACCUGCUCAUGAGCGACAGGAUCCCAGGUAAGAAGACCACCAAGCUGUGGGUUCCUGAUGAUGAGGUGUCUUCUGAAACCCUGGCCAAGAUCCAGGGUAUCAAGUUGAUGGUGAGGUGGUUGUUGGGCGUAAAGAACACCCUGUCUAAGUCUGGUAACUCCACUCUGAGGAUGCUGACUGCUAUACUACACAGUGAUGGAGACCUGACAGAGCAGGGCAAGAUGGGUAAACCAGAUAUGUCCAGGCUGAGGUUGGCAGCAGCGUGUGCCCUACUGAAGCUGGCACAGGAGCCCUGCUACCAUGAGAUCAUCACCCUAGAGCAGUACCAACUCUGUGCCCUGGUCAUCAAUGAUGAGUGUUACCAGGUGCGUCAGGGUUUUGCCCAGAAGCUCCAUAAGGGUUUGUGUCGCCUGCGUCUGCCCCUGGAGUACCUGGCGGUGUUUGCCCUGUGUGCCAAGGACCCUGUGAAGGAGAGGCGGGCCCACGCCAGGCAGUGUCUGGUGAAGAACAUUACAAUCAGGAGAGAGUACCUUAAACAACACGCUGCUGUCAGCGAGAAGUUAUUCUCUCUGCUCCCUGAGUAUGUGGUCCCCUAUGCCAUCCACCUGCUGGUCCACGACCCAGACUACAUCAAGGUCCAGGACAUUGAACAACUCAAAGACAUCAAGGAGUCUCUGUGGUUCAUCCUGGAGAUCAUCAUGUCUAAGAAUGAGAACAACAGUCACGCCUUCCUGAGGAAGAUGGUGGAGAACAUCAAACAGACCAAGGACGCACAGGCUCCUACCGACGCCAAGAUCAACGAGAAGUUGUACACGGUGUGUGACGUGGCCAUGAACAUCAUAAUCUCUAAGAGCACCACCUACAGUCUGGAGUCUCCCAAAGACCCUGUCCUUCCCACACGCUACUUCACCAAGCCUGACAAGAAUUUCAGCAACACAAAGAACUAUCUCCCUCCAGAGAUGAAGUCCUUCUUUACACCUGGAAAGCCUAAAGCAGCUAACGUGUUAGGAGCGGUGAACAAGCCCCUGGCCUCAGCAGGUAAACCCAUCCAGAGUAAAGCAUCACGCAUGGAGACGGCUAGCAACGAGGAUAGUACCUCAAACCCCAGCUCUCCUCAACGCACCAAGACCAGACAUGACAGUGCAGAGGACCACAGUGAGAACGAAGACAUCAUGAAGAAAGGAGACACCUCUGACACAAAGGACAGUGACAAACCCCGGGGCCGUAAACGAGGCGCCGCCUCCAGUAACCUUGACGACAACCCUUCUCCUAAACCCAAGCGCGGCCGCAAGAAGGCAGCAGCAGUAGUCGACCCCGAGGACCAAUGGGGAGAGGAGUCCCGACUCGGCGACACCCAGACGGAAGACGAGCAGAACAGCCCGCCCAAAAAAGGGCGUAGGGGGCGGUCCACGAAGGCUGCAGCGGCCAAUCAGGAAACUCCAGCUAAGGGGAGGGGGCGGGGUCGGAAGAAGGCAACUCCUCCCCCUGAAGAAGAGGAUGAGGGAGGAGAGGAGGAAGAAGAGGAGGAAGAGGAAGAGGAGGAGAAUAUCGAGUUGAAGACUAAGGGAGGAAGACCAGCGCGGGCGGCAAGGAGAUCGACACAAAGUUCUGAGUCUGCUGAGUCCACCCCAGUGAAGAAGAGAGGACGGCCAGCCAAGGCAGCAGCACAGCCCGCCAAGAAACAACCAGCGCGUGGCCGUGGUAAGGCAGCAGCACCACCAGCAGCCAAAGAGGAGUCUGAGGAGGAGAUGGAGACACCGGCUGAGGAAGAAGAGGAGGAGCAGGAGGAAGUGGAGAAGGAGGAAGAACAGACCACUCCUAAAGGUCGACGGAAGACCGGAGGAAGAAAAAGAUGAAUGGAGGACAAGAAAAAAAGGAAGGAGAGAGAGAGAGAGGUGGAGUUGAUCCUUGGACACUUGUCUUGCCUUCUCUAAAGGAGAGAGGGAGCGAAGGAGAGAUGGAGAGAGUGGAAGAUGGGAGGGAUUAGACUUUUCUGAACUUUUCAUACGCUGACGCUCCUACCGUUACACACACACACACACACACACACACACUCUUAUAACAUCAGUAUCAAUAACCGUAAGUUGUUUUUGUGAUGCAUUGUGAUAUUGUUCGCCACAUCUGUUCGAGAGAGAGAGAGAUCUCAGCUGAUGAAGAUGCCAUGAGUUGUAAAUAGUAUCUUUCAUGUCUGUGUUACGGUUGUUUUGUUGACUGACUGGGUGCUGUUGUAUAGCUUUUAGCUCCUGUCUGUUCCAAAUGCUACCGUAUUCCCUAUAUAUAAUGCUCUACUUUGGUCUCUGGUCAACAAUAGUGCACUGUAUAGGGAAUAGGGUGUUAUUUUGUCCCCGGAUCUGAAAGUGCGCUACUUGUUUUACCUUCAAAAUGAAAUCAGUUUUUAAACAAGGCCCUUUUGGCAAUAUUGUCUUUUUGUCAUGUUCCCCUCUGUGUCCACUUCGCCUGAAACCCUGACUUCACCUGAAACCCUGACUUCGCCUGAAACCCUGACUUCGCCUGAAACCCUGACUUCGCCUGAAACCCUGACUUCGCCUGAAACCCUGACUUCGCCUGAAACCCUGACUUCGCCUGAAACCCUGACUUCGCCUGAAACCCUGACAUUAGAUUUCCCGUACAUUUACUAUUUUACUCUUUUUUGUGAAGUCAAUCAUGUAAUUUUUCCUUUUGUAGUUUUUUAACAACAAAAAAAGUCAAUUGGUUUGUUUACAGCAUUGUAUAUUCACGCCUUGUUGAGUUGUCGUUUUUUUUUUUUUAAACCCUCUGGGAGAAAAUUUCAGAAUUGUGUCGGAAUGUUGAAUGUUUAUUAUAAAUCAAUAAAGUUUUAGUAUUCGUUUCAUUUGA